GGCCGGCCGGCUGCAGCCACCACGCCGGCGCAUGCGCGAGUGCGGGUGAGAGGUCGGCAACAUGGCGGCGGCCUCGUCAGUGGAUGAGGCGCCGGACAACGAGGACUAUUACUCGCUGCUGAACGUGCGGCGGGAGGCCUCUCAGGAAGAGCUGAAAGCUGCCUACCGUAGGCUGUGUAUGCUGUACCAUCCUGACAAGCACAGGGACCCAGAGCUCAAGAGGCAGGCCGAGCAGCUCUUCAACCUUCUCCAUCAGGCUUAUGAAGUGCUCAGUGACCCACAGACAAGAGCCAUCUAUGACAUAUAUGGAAAGAGAGGCCUCGAAAUGGAAGGAUGGGAGGUGGUGGAAAGGAGGAGGACACCUGCUGAGAUCAGGGAGGAAUUUGAGCGUUUGCAGAGAGAGAGGGAAGAGAGGAGGCUUCAGCAGCGGACUAACCCCAAGGGGACAAUUAGCGUUGGAAUAGACGCCACUGACCUCUUUGAUCGGUACGAUGAGGAGUACGAAGAAGUGCCAGGGAGCAGCUUUCCCCAUGUUGAAAUUAACAAAAUGCACAUAUCGCAGUCCAUCGAGGCUCCACUGACAGCCACAGACACUGCGAUAUUGUCGGGAAACCUCUCAACGCAGAACGGGAAUGGAGGCGGCUCUGUGAACUUGGCUCUGAGGCGUGUGACGUCUGCCAAAGGCUGGGGAGAGAUAGAGUUCGGAGCUGGAGACCUCCAGGGGCCUUUGUUUGGCCUGAAGGUGUUUCGGAAUCUUACACAAAGAUGCUUUGUCACGACAAGCUGUGCGCUGCAGUUCUCCUCCCGAGGGAUCCGCCCGGGCCUUACAACCGUCCUGGCAAGGAACCUGGACAAGAACACCAUGGGCUACUUGCAGUGGCGCUGGGGCAUUCAGUCAGCAAUGAAUACAAGCAUUGUCCGGGACACCAAAACUAGCCACUUCACAAUGGCAUUUCAGCUGGGCAUCCCUCACUCCUUCAUGAUGGUCAGUUACCAGCACAAGUUUCAGGACGAGGAUCAGACGCGAGUGAAAGGAUCUCUCAAAGCUGGUUUCUUUGGGACCAUUGUGGAAUAUGGGGCGGAGCGGAAAAUCUCCAGGCACAGCAUCCUUGGAGCCACCGUCAGUGUUGGCGUACCCCAGGGAGUCUCUCUGAAAAUCAAGCUGAACCGAGCCAGCCAGACCUACUUCUUCCCCAUCCACUUGACGGAUCAGCUGCUGCCCAGUGCGGUCUUCUACGCCACGGCGGGGCCCCUCGUCAUCUACUUUGCCAUGCACAGGCUCAUCAUCAGGCCCUACCUGAGGGCGCAGAGGGAGAAAGAAUUGGAGAAGCAGCGGGAGAGCACGGCCAGCGACACUUUGCAGAAGAAGCAGGAAGCAGAAGCCGCAGUGCGGCUGAUGCAGGAAUCUGUCCGGAGAAUUAUUGAGGCCGAAGAAGCCAGGAUGGGCCUGAUUGUGGUGAAUGCCUGGUACGGGAAAUUCGUCAAUGACCAAAGCAGAAGGAACGAGAAGGUGAAGGUCAUAGACGUGACUGUGCCCUUGCAGUGCCUGGUGAAAGACUCCAAGCUCAUCCUUACAGAAGCAUCCAAGGCCGGCCUGCCUGGGUUCUACGACCCUUGUGUCGGGGAAGAUAAGAGCCUGAAAGUCCUCUACCAGUUCCGAGGAGUCCUGCAUCAAGUGAUGUCUGGCGACAACGAGGCCCUUCGGAUACCAAAGCAGUCUCACCGGAUUGAUGCAGACAGCUAAUCUGGUGAGGAAGAGGGCAGGUGCUGAGUUCUGUGCCCAGGGGCCAGCAGAUAUGGCACCAUCUUUCCUCCCUGGAUUUGAUGACAUCUUCAGACGGGUGGGGAUGCGACUUACCGUAUUUCCUGAUCGGUGCAGAAGAAGGUGGUUGGACACCCAACAUAACAUUGUGGGACAAAAUGAGAGGAAUCUGCUCUAACAAGACAGUGGCACCCAGACCCUGCAGCUGGGGACCGUUGCUUGACUGACACAGCUGAUGAUGGCUAGCAUUUCUAGCCUGCCCCUGUCAACGCAAGGGGGCGGGCUGCAGACUGGGAGCCCCCUCUUUCCCCUGCAGUAACCAGUGUCCUCUUCAGCGGGGGGAGCCUUGGGGCUGG